AUGGUAAAUUUUAAGGAUGAGAAAGAGGAAAACAUCCAUGGCGAGAAAUUCCAGAAAAUAUCCAUAGUGGAAACUUCCGGAAAACUUUCUCAAUGGAAACUCCCAGAAAAUACCAGAACAGAAAAAUCCAGAAAAUAUUUACCAUGGAAAAUCCAAGAAAAUAUCCUGGGAAGAUUUCAAGAAAAAUCCACCAUGAAAAAUUCUACAAAAAAUCUACAGCGAAAAUUCCAGAAAAAAUUCUCGAUGGAAAAUUCCACAAAAGAUCCCAUAGUGGAAAAUCCCAGAAAAUAUUCACUACGGAAAAUUCUGGGAAAGUCAUGGCGGGAAAUUGCAGAAAAAGUCCGCAAUGUGCAAUCCCGGCAAAUUUCUAUGGAAAAUACCGGAAGCUGUUUUCAUGCAUAUUACGAUUAG